CGGUCGGUCAGUCGGUCCUGAGGGAGGGGCGGGCGUCGGUUGUGCGGGGAGUACAGUCCCACCGAAUGACGGCUCCAAUUUAGUUUCAAGCAAAGUGACAGACACCGCACAACAAGCUUUCUGGCGCUGCCGAAAUGUUUACAACCCCUCCGAAAGGUCUGGGAUUUCCAGGCUCCUCCGAAAGAGAAAAUAUGCCUUUUCCCGGAGUCCUUAUGAGCCAUAUACCCGUGGAGACUCUCACGCCGCUGAAAGACUUGGCAAAGUUUCAAAGAUCGGGCUCUUCGGCCUCAAAAAAGGUUUCAGCUCCUUCAGGUUCAGACAACUGCAAAGAGAAUUUGCCAGAAAAAACGGGAUCCAGGGUGAAGAAAGAAUCUAUACUUCACUCCACGCUGAUAGGAGCAAACACCUGCCCCACGGAAUUUCCCAACAUCAGUGAUAUCAAACCCAGCGGUGACAGUUUAACCCUUUACAAAAAUGAAAUGGUUUUCCAAAACCGCUUUAAGAGAGAAUUUGACCCUGUGACGUACGAAUCGCCGGUAAAAAUCUUCGAGAGGAUGAAAGCCAAAGCCCUGCAAGAUAAACAGAAGCAAAAUUCAACCAACAGAAGGUGGCUGGAUCCAGCCAGCCAUAAGCGAGAUAUGAUUUUGACUCCCACUAAAGGGUCUAUCCACAAGGUCCCCCAACCGGACAAAAGGGAACGCAAAGGCGACCAGGGAACCCGCAGACCGUUCAGUGACUGCAAUUCAUUAUCAGUGACUACUCAAAACCAAACUUGGGUUAUGCCAAAGCAAGCGGUCUCUCACAGAGAAGAGGAGACACUUGGAUUAAAAUCCCCAAAUAAGUUUGCUUUAUGUGUGAAACCAAAAGUGGUAAAGCAGAAUGAGAAAAGAUCUUCCUGUGGUACUUCAAAUGAUGAUUUUGCAAGAAUGAAUCAAAAUACCAAUAUUCCUGCUUCACCAGUUGGGGGCAAGACAUCAACCAAGUUCACUUUUGAGCAACAAACGAAUGACCUCACCACCACUGCCUUCACGCCAGAGGGUGUGCUGACUUUGGAAAGCAUUGAUGCCGAUGAUGAGAGAUCUCAAAACACCUUUCUUAAUACCAUUAGUACCAGCUGCAUCCCUGGCAGAAAUAGUAGUCAGUUAAAGAGUACAGACAACGCCAGGAAACCAAAAAAAACAGUCCAGGAAAUGGCAGCCGAGAGUGACAGUCCAGAAAAGGAGACGGAUAUUCAGGAUUCCUCCCCAGAUAAGUGUGAAAUUUUGCUUGCCUCUCCAAGGAUUAAAAUACCAACAAGGCAAGAGUACCAAAUCCACGGUGAUAAGACCCCCUCAAGCUUACCUCACACCGACACAAAGAAAGUCAGCCAAAAGAAGCAGGUAAUUUACCUAAAAGAGUGGCUGAUUAAAGUCAUCAAAAAUAAUAGGGCGGUGUGCCUGGAAGGAAAACUUAAAAAUUCUACUGAUCUGUAUUGGCACAGUAAUGCAAUCGAGAAGCGCCUUGAGCACAACCAACUUCAAACCGUGUCUGGGAACAUAUAUGUACUGAAUGGAACUAUAGACACCAUUUCUAUGAAGCAAGAAGGGUAUCCUUACCAGUUUAUAAGGAAAUUUAUGUUUGGAUUUCCUGAAAACUGGAAACAGUAUGUUGAUGAUUUUCUGAAGGAAUUAAGGGAUCGUCAGAAGAAAAGAAAAAAAGGUGGUAGGAUACAGGAACAAAAACAGGAAGCUAAGAACCAGGGUUUAGGAAGGGAGAAGUUUGUGGAAAUAGAAGAGAGAACUAAAGUUGCUCCACAAAAGACUAGAAAUACAACUUUCGAUGUUGAUCCUGAAAAGUCUGAAAAGCAUUCUGAAUUAAGUCCAAUUAGCCACAGUCCUUCAAAAGUUUCAGAACUGAGAUAUAGCCGAGUCGGCCGGCCCCUUAAGUCCCCAUUGCAGUUCUGGCGCGGUGAACGGGAAAUUUGCGACCAUGAAAUGAAUGUUACUUUCCAUGAAGGCGGGGUUGACCACCUGCAGUCAUUGGAAUCGACUGGAAAAACAGAAAAAAAGAAGCUGUCACUAUCUCAGAAGAAAGUCAAAAAAGAAGUCAAAGCAAAUGAAAGGAUGAGUAAAAGUCACCACAAAGAAAGAACUGGUGCAUCGCAAGAAGAGGGCAAGGAAGAAAUCCAACCCAGAAAAUCACAAUCACCAGCAAAGUCGUCUGUUUCAGGCAUUAGAGAGAAUGAAUGGAGAAACCCUUGUAUUUUGUUAACUCCACUGCAUUCUAAGAAGGCACUGAGUCAAAAGUGCAUGAAAUAUAAUUUGUCUCAAAAUACCAUGAGGAAGAUUUCUACCCUUACUAUGGCUUCAUGUAAUAAAGAGAGCAAAAGAGACAAAACGGACUUGAGCGAAGCUGAAAGGACUCUUGAAAAAUCCUUGGAAAAUUCAUGCUCAGAUGAGGAUUGGGACGCUUUCACUAAAUAUCCUCCAGACAUUCGCAAGAAUCAAGCUAAACCAUCUUCCUCCCUGAAGGAGCCGAGUCAAAAGGCUGGCAAUUUGCAGAGGGACUUAAGCAAGUCUUCAAAAUUAAAGAGAUCUAACCCUCCUGCCAUCUCUCGCCACAAAAAUUCCAGCAGAUUACCGUCGACUAGCUCGGACAGUGAAGUAGAGCAGCGGUCCCAGAAGAGAGCUCAUCCAGUUGCAAAACCUGGACAGAGAGAUUCCAACGGAUCUGUAGCACCCCAGAGGAAAAGUCCCAGGCUAGCCCAAAGGGAGAGCCAAGAAGCAUUAGCGAGUGAGAAAAAGAGCACCCCAGUGGCCCAGAUCAAACAGGAAAAAGACAGUUUUUCAUUUGAUCAGCCUGUGCAGAAAUCCCUCCCAAGGAAUAAAUAUUCCUCUGGAAAAGUUGAGUUAAAGGAACUUGGUAAAGCGCGGGAGCUCAAGUCCUCAGACCGUUUUUCUGGGUUAAAUGUGGAAGAAGACUGGACCGAAGAGGAAUUACAGAGAUUUCGGAGUGCAUUCGUUGCUUUGCCUAAGCACAAAAACGGUUUCUGGUUGGACGUAGCGAUGUACGUGGGAACGCGUUCUGCGGAGGAGUGCCAGAAGAAACAUAUGGAAGAGUGGCAAGGGAGCGGUCUCAGGCCACAAGCCACCAAGAAGGCCGUCCUGGACCAAAAAGCCAGAAAUGGUGAUGCCAGUAAGGAACCCGUAAGGAUAACCGCCAAAGUGGGGACUCUGAAGCGGAAGCAGCAGAUGAGGGAUUUCCUGGACCAGCUGCCGAAGGACGAUCACGACGACAUCUUCAGCGCGUCCCCUCUGCAGGCCCGGAGAGUAAAGCUCCCGAUGUUCUCCGUCAACGGGGACGACGAGGUCUUUCCCCUGCUGAGCACGGAUCCAGCCACGCCGUCGUCCGCUUCCUUCCCGCUGGCCACCACCCCUCAGUGUGAACACAUCAGCCCCGGCAUGCUGGGCUCCAUAAACAGGGAUGACUGUGAUAAAUUUGUACUGAGAAUGCAAAAGGACAAAAAAGGAAGCGGCGGACUCGCCUGGGGCAAUGUCAAAAAACAGAAGGUCGGAACGGAUUUCACCACUCCGACGUCGAGAAGAACGGGCUUUCGCAGAACGGCUGUAUGUACCCCAAGUGGAGCUGACAAAUCUGGAGUAGGAAAGUUCUUCACUUGUCCAACCAGUUCUUAUUCAGAUGAGGAGGAGGAAGAGGAGGACAAUUACUUCUCCAGCUCUGAUUCGGAAGAGUAAUAUUGGAAAAGCAGUGGCAGGGGGAUCCCUCCCCUUCCCCACGGUCUUUGAAAUGACUGUUAUUAAAGUUUUAUAUUGCA